CAGAGUUUCCAAUUCUGCCCUUUAAGCUCAUUACAGGAAUUAGAGAUGUGUGGGAGUGUGUGUGACUGUGAAGCAGCCAACAGCCUCUCUGCUUCUCUCUAUCCCUCCCUCCAUCCAUCACCCACUCUAUCACUCCGCAGUCUGCAUUCUCGUUCCCUCUCUCGGCUGCCUCCCUCUUAGAAAAAGUGUUUGUUUUUUUACGGACGGACAAGAUGUUGGCCACACUCAUGACAGUGCUGUUUUUCGUGGUGCGAACUAUGGAACAGCUGACCGCGGGUCUGUUUCGUGAGGAGCCGCAGCCCUACCUGGUGUAUCAGCCGCUGCCCUGGCAGGUGCAGUGCGUCUCGCAGAACAGGAGAGGGAGCCGUCUUGAUGAGAAAGAUGGCAGCUCUCGUCACUGCAGCGCGGGUGGAGUCCGGCGCACCUCCUCCAAUGUGAAUGGAGAGCUGCCUCGUCCCUCCCACACUGUCGCCUCUCCAGAGAAAGCCGCUGUGAUGAUCCAGACUCAGUACAGGAAGUACCAGCAACGCAAGCAGAAGGGCCCCAAGCACGCCUGAACCCCGACCCCCGACCCCCGACCUCCCAGCAAUCAUCGCUUCCAACAUCCAGCCAACCAGAGAUCCUGUGUUCAGGACUGACAGACUGACAGACAGACAGGAGCUGAUAGCUGAGUGUGUCUGAGCCGUGCUGCUGCAUGGAACUUAAUUCUGAUUCUUUCUGUGUGUCCCUGUCUGCUUUAUUCUGGUGCCAUGCAUUAAACAAAAAGAACAAACUGGACAUGUCUGUCUGCAAGUCUGUCUCAAGCUUUAUAAUCUCAUCAGAACCCCUCGAUGGAGUUAUUGCCAAGGGUUCUGAUUUUGAGGUUUUUGUUGUUUAUUAUUAACAGUAUGGAGGUUGUGUUUUUAACUCUGUCUUGGCAUUGUCCUGCAGAAUGGAGAUACCCACGAGGCUUCUGUUCUGACUAAUAAAAACUUUGUAAAUCAACAAAGGAACAAGAACUUUAUUUCAAUAAAAAAUUGUCACGUUUCA